UCGCGGCCUAUCAUGUUCCUCGCUGCUGGAUAACUAACUAAUAUGUACAAUUGCUAGCUUCCCUAUUUUGUUUUUAAACGAGACUAUUUGUAUAAGCUAUGAUUAGUUGUGCAUGCUUAACUAACUACGUGCAUUCUGUGGUUGUACGACCAAGUAGUUAAAUAUUUUGUUAUGGGAAUGGUGCUUUUAAGGAAAGCUUAUCAUGUCGCUGUCAGGCCUGCACUAGUUUGUUUGCCAGCUAGCUAAAUUAGCUACAGUAACUGGUUAGCUGCAGUUACAGGACUAGCCUAGCUAACUUUACAACGAAGGCUGCCAUUCAUAUGGCACACAUGCAUCCAUUGGUAGCAUCAAUUAGCUAAUCAUAAAGAUGAAGUAGUUUUGGCGCAAUUGCAUACAUGUAUAUCCUCGCCCUCAGUAAAUUACGUUAAGGUACGCUAGCUAGCUGGAUUGUUAUGCUAACUGAAAGUAGCUAGCUGCCAACGACCCCGAGCUAGUGCACCAGUCUGCAUCUGAUUCCUGCCACUCUGAUGAAAGUUUUUGGUUUUAGACUCUUUCUAGAUAUCAUAAACGGAGCUAAACAGAUUGUGUUUGCAGUCCUGUAAUGAAGUUAUCUGGAGCUGUCAGUCCUGACAAGCUGACAGGAAGGGAACAGCAUUCAUGGAUGUAGUGGACACUUUCAACCAUUUGAUUCCCAGUGACCAGUUGGAUGACUCCAUGCUGAUAGGGCAGAACUUGGAAUGUGAAGCGAGUAAUGACUUCGGAACAGGUGUCGACCAGCUGGGAGACUCACUGAGGAACAUGCUUAGUGAUAAAGAUCCCAUGUUUGGAUCUGCAAGUUCACACUUCAAUAUCUUAGAUAAUGAAGACGCCAACUUCCAGAUCGCCGAAGCAACAGUAGUUGCAGAUGUUGAUGUUGGUGCAACAGAGGGCAUCCUCAGUACCGCUGGUGGUGGGUUGGCUGGUACAGAGACUCCGCCAGUCAAACGGUCUGUUGGCAGACCCAGGAAAUACGCAUUAGGAGUUACCCCAGAGCGAAGUGCAGGCAGAGGGUCUUCAAACAACAAAAAGCCCCCGGGAAAACCUGGGAGACCUAGAAAGAAGUCCACUCUGAGUGAGAAGAUCACUACUGCUGAUGAAUUAAGGAGAGAGCUUCACCUGGGUGGCGGCAGGGUGAAUAUCAACGACCUUGACUUGGGCUCGUCGAUGAACCCCGUCGUUGUGUUACAGAGGUUGACCGUCACUUUCGGGGGUUUCAAAAUCGAGCUUCUCCCGGGACCCUCCUUUACCGCUUUCACAUCAGCUGAAAACACUGAGGAAUGUUAUGAGGAUGGCUCGCUGUACGGUGAAGGGAUGGAAUACACUAUGGUACAAGAGGAACCGUUACACAUACAGAAUCCCACUGCAGGGAGUGGAGGUGGCGUGGGUGCUGCUCAGCUCUUCGUGAAGUACUGUGCUGACGACUUGCCCCUAGGGCUCGGACCUUACGUCAACCCCAAUGACGUUCAGGCCUCCAACGGGGCGCUUCCAGGUAGUCCUUGCUUGGUCGAGACCAAACUCGACGACCAAAGUGAUUCUCAGAAGCAUGAUCCAGCGGAGGUGAGGAAAGAUACCGGCAUCAAGAAAGCAGCGCAGCAGCACCUGCCAAACAGCAAAGUUCCUACCACUAAUAAUCCAGCCAAAAAGCAGCAGUCUAAGCUGAAGCUGUCAGCACUGUCCUCCGAUAAGAACAAGCACCUGUUAGCUGGUAAGGGGCCCACAGGAACCCAACAACACGCCCUGGGGAAGAAGCUCCACCAGAGAGGCAACAUGCACAAGAUGGACGAAAUGAAAGCCAAACAAGUCAUCGUGUCCUUGAAAAGGCGAGGUGAAUUCAACCCAGCUCAACCCGGCCCUAAGAUUCAGAGGACGCAAGACGGACGUCCUGUGAAACUAAAGCAGAGAUUACCUGACGUGGGCCGUGGUGGUCCGGUCAAAAAAACACUGCCGUCUGGAAAGCGUCCUCCUGGUAUGUCGCCCGGGACGACGAUUACAACCAAACCGUCUAACUCUCACGUGGCCGACACCCAACCACAACCCCAGUUUGGCUGGACACCAUGUAAACGUGCCAAUCCUCAGAAGGAGACAUCGGAGGAGGAGAAGGAGGAGGAGCAAGACGAGCCUAAAGUGAAGAAGCCAGACAAGUGUCUUCAGAAACAGAGAAGCAGGAACGUCAGCAGAAGCAUCUCCGUGGAGGAACCACAGCUCUUCAUCCCCGACAACGCUCCUGCCGUCGUGAAGAAGGAACCCAGUGAAGAAGAACAGGCUAAAGAAUCUGGGAAGGGACCAGAAAAGGAACCUGCAAAUAGUGAGACCGUUGUGUGGGAUCCAAACAAGAACUGUGGAUUGUGCAAUAAGCCACAUAGUAACAAGUUCAUGGUGGGCUGUGGGCACUGUGAUGACUGGUUCCAUGGGGACUGUGUUGGUCUGGACCUGGCCAAGGUGAAGCAGAUGGGAGGGGGGGACCAGGAGUAUGUCUGUCUGCAGUGCUGUACCAAGGACCAGUACACCACCACCAAGGAGCCAGGCGGUGCUGUGCAGGGGGAGGCCAGGGCAGAGGGACAGCAGAAGCCCUCUGAGAACCAGGACAACAAGAUGGCCGCCAAGCAGAAACAGCCGUCCCCACAUCCUGUCACCUCCGGGGGAGUCAGGCCCUUCAGAAAGGACUCUGUGGAAAGAAGACAGUCGACUGAAGUAAAAGAUUCUACGCAGAAAUCAGGAGUGUCAGUCAAACAGGAGACCAAGAGGCCCAAGGUGUCGUCUCCCUCCUCUAAGAAACCGGUGUCUGUUGACCAGAUCAGACGGAGUGUCCGUGACGCCCUGAAGGACAUCCUCCUGAAGAGGCUGAAGGAGUCUGAUUUCCAGGUGUCACCAGAGAAGGCUGCUGAGGUGGCCAAGAAGACUGAGAGAGAGCUGUUUGCCUUCUACAGAGACACCGACUGCAAAUACAAGAGCAAGUACCGGAGCUUGAUGUUCAACCUCAAAGACACCAAAAACAAUGUGUUAUUCAAGAGGGUUCUGAAAGGGGAGAUUUCUCCUGGCACUUUGAUAAGGAUGAGUCCUGAGGAACUGGCCUCAAAAGAACUGGCUGCAUGGAGACAGAGAGAGAAUAGACACGCGAUAGAGAUGAUUGAGAAGGAGCAGAGAGAGGCGGAGAGGCGACCCAUCACCAAGAUCACACACAAAGGAGAGAUAGAGAUUGAGAGCCAGGAGUCUGGGAAGGCACCAGAAGCCAUAGAGCCCGAGCCAGAGCCUGUGGCUGCUUCCAAAGUGACCGAGGAGCCAGUGGAAGUUCCCCAAGAGAAGACGUUGUCGACAACAACCGAGAGCGUCAAUAUUUUCCAAGAUACAACCAGUCUGCAUAAGACUCACCUGUUUGACCUCAACUGUAAGAUCUGCACAGGACGUAUGGCUCCACCUGUGGAGGAGGCUCCUACCAAAGUGGUGAAAGUGGCCACUAGUGUAGUGAGGAGACGGUCUGCUACCAGCACUACAGAGGCAGUGACCAAGAACACACAGUCUACUACCACUACCUCCAGCACUACAGGGGGACAGACCACGAACACACCGUCUGCCACCACUACCUCUACAGAGGGAGGGACACCCUCCUCAUCUGCUAAGGACCACGACCUUCACCUCUUAGUCCUAGAGGAGAGCCUCCUCAGCGCCAAAACCUUCUCCAACUACAAGGGGAGGUCAGUGUCUAUGAGUGGCAGAGAUGGCGAGGCUUCCUUCCUGUCCAACCUGCAGCCUCUAUGGAGAGGGCUUGUCAACAUGCCUGCUGUGGCCAAGCUCCUCACUAAAGCCUUCCCUGUAUCAGGUGUCCUGGACCACCUGACAGAGGAUCUGCCGGAGAGUUUCCAGAUGGGUGGGAGGAUCUCCCCACAGAUCGUAUGGGACUACCUGGACAAAAUCAGAGCCACUGGAACAAAGGUACCUUCAAAGUGUAGGCCGACCUGCUUGAAAUAUGAUAAAUGGAUUUAAACAUCAGAAGUUGUC